AUGAAUGCUUUGAACCUAAACUUCACCUUUUUUACUGUGCUUCUUUGUGUGGUAACCAGUUUUGCUAUAGUUGUGGAUGUUUCUUAUAAAAACUUCGACAAGGUUAGGCAAACCGACCCAUUUUCUAUAUUCUUGAUGGUCGCUAAAAACUGUGAAAAAUGCCGUUUACUUUACCCAAAAUUUGUAGCAUCGUCACAAGCUUUUAAAGACGACUCAUCUGUUCUCUUUGGUCGCGUCAAAGACACAAAACUUGCAUCAGAAUGGGAUGUCACCUCUUUUCCGUCCAUGGUUUUCUUUGAAAAGGGUGGUAAACAUCCUAUGAGAAACAAAGGUGACAUUACUGUGGACACCGUAACUGAAUAUGUGUCGAAAGCACUGGGGAAAGAUACCACCGCUGUUCGACGUCAUUAUACCACGGAACUGACAACUACUAACUUUUAUGAAAUCCUUGCGAUUCCUAGACAAUUUAAGUUUCUACUUUUAUACAAAAGAGAACAUGAAGAAGAAGUUGCCAGAAUUGAAAGGUUUGCUGAGAUUUUCAAAAACGAUGACAUCCUUGCUUUCCUUCGUCUUGACGUAUUACGAGAACCAAACUUGGCAGAACAGUUUGAAACACGUCAAUACCCUGCCCUCUAUUGGUAUGCGGACGAUGAACGUCCUACAAAAGCUAGAUAUGGCGGGAAAAUAGAUGAUAUACAACUCCUUGAAUUCAUUAAAGAUCAGACGGGGAUUCAAAGAACGAAAUCUGGAGCUUUAGUUGAAAAUGCCGGAAGACUUGCUGAUUUAGACGACUUAAUAUCGGAGAAGAUCAAUCUAAUUACAAAAGCUAAGAACAUGGACGAAAUUAUAGCUGAAGCAAAGAAGAGGGCUGCAUAUCAUAAAAAAGAUUUGGCUAAAUAUUAUAUUUACCUCUUGAAAGAAAUCAAAAAAGCCAAAACGAUCGAUGUUCUAGACGACGAGCGGGCGGCGAUUAACAGAGCUUUAUCUGAAGAUCCUGGACCCAAGACUUCCGAGGCUUUGAUAAAAAUGAGGAACAUAAUCCAUGGAAUAAUAGACGCAACAGGGGCUGACCUGCAUAAAAGUUCUGGUGAUUCCCAAUUCGUAAUGAAUAGGGAAGCUCGUGAGGUCAAAUUGAAUAUAGAUGAAGAAGUAAUAUAUCUUGACAAUGGUGAGGAAUUUCGAGCAACUGGUGAUGGUAGAACGGUUAGGGUUAAAAAGAAGGGAAAACAAAAGAAAAAAGCGACGAGGAAAGAUAAAGAACAUCAUCAUCUUCACGACGAGUUGUAGUGGAAGUGUACAAACCAGGAAAGUCACAAAAGAAUUGAAAAUUCACCGAGGCAAGGAGCAUUUCGGUACACGCUGAUAAUUAUUGAUGUAAAUAAUAACAUUUUUAUAAAUAGAUGUUUAAAACCAUACAAAUUCUAA